GGUCCGGAGUGGGAGCGCGGUGGCCGUUACCGGCGCCCUCCGCCGUUGGCAGCGGGGCGGCGCGGGGGGGGAUGAACCUCUGGCCGGCCCGGCCAAAGGGACGCGGGCGGAGGGACGCCGAGUGCCAGGCCGGCCCCCCCCGCAGCCCGGCGCGGCUGGCUCGCCGCUGCCGGCCGGGUCCCGCAGCCGAGCGGCCGCGGAGCUUAGGGAGCGGCGCUGAGCGGAGCCCGCCCGCUCGGGCCCUGCUGGCGCCGGGGCGAGGGAGGGGGCCGCGCAGGUAGCGAGGCGGCCCGAGCCCCCGGGGGGGCGGGGGCCUUUGAGGCGGCCCGACCCCCCCCCCCCCCCUCGCCCUCCUCUCCCCCGCGCGGAGGUUCGGCGGGCGAGGGGGGACGCGGCCCGGUGCCCGCGGGGAGGAUGGUGAAGCUGCCCCCAGCCCCUGCGCCCAGCCGGGAGGCGGCCGAGCCGAAGCGGGCCCGCCCCGCCAGGGCCGCCCUCCGCAGGGGCUGAGGGGAUGAGCCGUGCCCCGCCGGGUGGUCGCUAGCGGAAGGAUGACCACUCCCGCCCUGCUGCCGCUCUCCGGGCGGAGGCUGCCCCCCCUGAACCUGGGGGCCUCCGCCUUCCCGCACCACAGGGCUACCUUGAGACUCUCCGAAAAAUUUAUCCUGCUCCUUAUUCUUAGUGCCUUCAUCACCCUGUGCUUCGGGGCGUUCUUCUUCCUCCCCGACUCCUCGAAGCACAAGCGCUUUGACCUGGGCUUGGAGGAUGUGCUCAUUCCUCAUGUGGACACCAGCAAAGGGGGCAAGAACCUCGGCGGCGGCUUCCUCAUCCACGGGCAAGGGCACGACGAGCACCGGCACAGAGAAGAAGAGGAACGUCUGAGAAAUAAGAUCCGAGCAGAUCAUGAAAAGGCUCUGGAAGAGGCUAAGCAGAAAUUGAAGAAAUCCCGUGAUGAGAUUCAAGCUGAGAUUCAGACAGAAAAGAACAAAGUAGUGCAAGAGUUGAAAAAGAAAGACAGCAAGCCACUGCCCCCUGUUCCUUUACCAAAUCUUAUAGGGAUAAACAGUGGAGAACCAGCAGACCUGGAUAUCCAAGAGAAGAGGAACAAAAUUAAAGAGAUGAUGAAGCAUGCCUGGGACAAUUAUAGGCAAUAUGGAUGGGGACAUAAUGAGCUCAAACCAAUUGCCCGGAAAGGACAUUCCACCAACAUAUUUGGAAACUCACAAAUGGGUGCUACUAUAGUAGAUGCAUUGGAUACUCUUUAUAUCAUGGGGCUUCAUGAUGAAUUCAGAGAAGGACAAGAAUGGAUUGACAAAAAUCUUGAUUUCAGUGUGAAUUCUGAAGUGUCUGUUUUUGAGGUAAAUAUUCGCUUCAUUGGUGGUCUUCUAGCAGCAUACUACCUUUCAGGACAAGAGGUUUUCAAGAUUAAAGCAGUGCAACUGGCAGGAAAGCUUCUUCCAGCCUUCAACACACCUACGGGUAUACCAUGGGCAAUGGUGAAUCUGAAAAGUGGUGUGGGUCGAAACUGGGGCUGGGCGUCUGCUGGCAGCAGUAUCCUCGCAGAGUUUGGUACCCUGCACAUGGAAUUUGUCCACCUCAGUUAUUUGACAGGGGACCCUGUAUACUACAAUAAGGUCAUGCACAUUCGGAAGUUACUUCAGAAAAUGGAUCGUCCUAAUGGACUUUAUCCAAAUUAUUUGAAUCCAAGAACAGGCCGGUGGGGUCAGCAUCACACAUCCGUGGGCGGGCUGGGAGACAGUUUUUAUGAAUAUUUAUUGAAAGCCUGGCUUAUGUCAGACAAGAUGGACACGGAGGCAAGAAAAAUGUACGACGAUGCAAUUGAGGCCAUAGAAAAACAUCUCAUCAGAAAGUCCAACGGAGGACUGACCUUCAUUGGGGAGUGGAAGAACGGGCACCUUGAAAGAAAAAUGGGCCAUUUGACCUGUUUUGCAGGAGGAAUGUUUGCCCUUGGAGCAGAUGGUUCCAGAGAUGACAAAGCUGGGCAUUAUUUGCAGCUUGGAGCUGAAAUUGCACACACGUGUCAUGAGUCAUAUGACAGGACAACAUUAAAGCUGGGUCCAGAAGCAUUCAAAUUUGAUGGUGGUGUAGAGGCUGUGGCAGUGCGGCAGAAUGAGAAGUAUUACAUCCUAAGACCAGAGGUGAUUGAGACCUACUGGUACAUGUGGAGAUUCACCCACGAUCCCAAGUACAGGCAGUGGGGCUGGGAGGCAGCCCAGGCAAUUGACAAGUACUGCCGAGUCAGUGGUGGCUUCUCUGGUGUCAAGGAUGUCUAUUCCUCAUCUCCUACAUAUGAUGAUGUACAGCAGAGCUUUUUCCUUGCUGAAACUUUGAAGUAUUUGUAUCUGCUUUUCUCCAAUGAUGACCUCCUACCAUUAGACAACUGGGUUUUUAAUACAGAAGCUCAUCCUCUGCCUGUUUUACAUUUAGCCAACACCACACUGUCAGGAAAUCCUGCAUAUCGAUAAAAACAGCUCCAUGAAGAGGAAAAGAGACUGUUUUCAGCUCUGAUUUGUUUACAUGGACCACUUGAGACUUUAGGCAGGAAAGGAGACAGACACUUGAAUAAACUAGACUUCUGAGUCAAGCAAAUACCGGCGUGAGAAACAAAGCUCUUCAACACAUAGAUAAGUUAAAGCUGAAAAAAAAAAGUUCUGUUUUAUACAUGACCAAAAUAUGUUAGUGUGGUAUUUGCAGGACAGAGCCUUCAUAUGCUUUGAACCCUAACAAGACAUGGAAUCUACUGUUUCACAUAAACACAGCAGCAUAAGGAAGAAGAGGCUUUCCCACCCAGGGAGAGGAACUUGCUCCUGCUGCUGUUGGCUGUUGCAAGGAACAACACACCAGUCGCCUCUUCAGAUCGGGUGGGUUCCAAAUACCUAGAUUUUAUUUUAUUUUAUUUUUUUGUGUGUGUUUGAUGAUGGCAUGAACAAAGCAACAACGAAAGCAACAUCACUGCACCAGCAGCAUCAGGAUUUGAAUUUUUUUCUGUACCUGUCUGAAUUUUCUAAGGCGCAUUGUUUGGCCAGACUGGCAGCCAUUCUCAAGGCCUCUAAGCUAUUAAAACUAAACUAUUAACUAUAAAAAAAACAUUGCCUCCUCAUUUUUCGUUUUCAAAAUAAUGCUGAAAGGUCUCUGUUGUAUGCGUACAUCCAAAAAAACCCAACUAGUAAGUAUUUGAUUUGUAGUUCACUAUCAGCAAUGUGGGCUUAGUUCAUUUGGUAAGCAGCUGUCACAGAGUCUGGAGCAUAUCACAGGGGUAGGAAAGACCCUAAGUUUCCCUUCCUCACAAGUCCUGUCAUGUGGAAAAAAAACCCACACUCUUAUUUCUGGUUCUUUUAGCUAAAUAAAGAGACAUUACAACAUGAGAAAAAUAAUCUCUCAUUAUUUAUAUAACAGGAUACAGUAUACUUAAAAGUACACUUAAAAGUACACUUAAAAAUAGUCCCCUUGAGCUAAGCAGCAGGAGUUUGUUGCUUUGUAUUUUUCCACACAAUUGGGAUUUUUCCAAAAAAGUUAAGUUUCAGUCUUUGGAUACUAUUCAUUGAAGCUUCUUUGCAGGUAAAUGUGUGACAGAAGCCCAGAACUGCCUUUGAUUUAAUUUACAGAACUCCUUUGUACUGGUGUUCCAGGACAAAGCCAACAUGAUUUUCUUUGGAAACAACAUAGCAUCUCUUACACAUGAGUGGAAAAAAGAAACCCAAGAGUCUCUUCUUCCAUUUUUUUUAUAAGAAAUGAGAUACUGUUACCUGCAUGUUUGGUUUUUUUCCAAGUACUGCUAGGCUGGGCUGGACAGUAUCAUUUAAAUGGAGUCUCCUUCAGUAUUCACUUAUUUGCUAAAAGAAGUUGCAUCAUUUCAAGUAUAUCUCAAUCUCUUUUUUUUACUGUUGUUCCAAAAUCCUUACAAGGAGUGAGUGCAAUUUCCUCUGCUCAGAAAAUGUUUAUAUAUCAAGUUUCCUAUAUAAAAGCUUUUCUUUCCAUCAUAUUAUAAUAUAUCUGACUGUAUAUUAUAGUAAAAUUUCCCCCAUAAAAUUUUUUCCCUUGUCUUGAACACUAUUUAGGCACAGAAAUCAUCAUAUGAUCAAAGAAAAAAUGCUAUCACGUGCUUUUUUACAGGCAGCUACUUUAGUUUAAGAGGAGGAAGACCUUGUAAGAACCUCCAAUCUCAAUGUUUUUACCUUUUACCUUAAUUACUUAGUUACUGUAAUUUGCUGCAGUAUCUUAAAAAUAAUUUGAGAACUGAUAAAAUAAUUUAUAUGGUAAAUAAUAUUGAUUCAAGGAAUUUGUUUUUAAAAAUUAGAAGUUGUUUAAUAAAUGGGUUCUUCUUCCUGGUCACACAUUAAUUUAUUUUUCUAAUUAAUUCUCAGUGACUUACUGAAUAGCUAGUCAUUUUCCAAAGUUCAGAUAAGUUAUGUUUUCAUACUGAGUUUUUUUCAUCCCAUGAGAACUGUUACUAGUUUAAAACUGCACUCAGUUGCCUUGUUCUCCUAAAUCUCUUUGGGUUCAAAGAAGGAAGAGGAAAAGCAGACUCUUCUAUUAAAGAAAAAAAAAAGGCACUUCACACCCUAUAUACCCAUCCCCAAACACCUCCUGAUAAAGGCAGAUGUAGAAUGGCUGCCAGUCUGUUCAGAGAAAGGUCAAGGACAGAAUUCUGGAGUCCCAGAAACAGCAAACUUCUCUCCACUGUUUGCUGCUUUUCCACCCUCCUCUUGUGAUUUAAAGAGCAACCCUUCCAAUUAAUUCCUUCAUGAAUCCCAGUGGAUUAACUCACUGCCACAAGAAUGCUUGAAUUGAGGACCUAAGCCAUUUCAUGAUAUGGGAUGGUAAUUUUCACAAAGCAGGUGUGCAGUACUGCUAUUUUUUCUCUGUGUAGACAAGCAGCGGGUACCAAAUAAAGGACACUUGCUUCUCGGUUUCCAGUUACCCCAAUGACUGUCCAUUUCUACUCUUAUCACUCUUUAACAAACUGUUUCUUCCAGAAGCUACUGAUGGGCAUAAUCUAUAAAAAAGAAUGCAUUUUAUGGACUAAUUGCUGUGUCAUUCAUGAACCUCUCCAGCCUGAGGUUUCCUAGAGCAAGCUGAGUUUGGAGGUAAUGGGUUCUGAGUGAGGUGGCUGCAUAAUAACCAAGCACCACAGAUAUUGAAACUUCUGACUGAAGUGACUUGUCCUUGUUUUGAGUCCUUCACAGAAAAGUAGGUUCUGAUCCACAGAAUGGCAUCAUGUGCAACCCAAAGUUCAGACUGUUUUCCCUCUGGGUACAUAAGGUACAGUAGAAUAUUGCCAUUUUCAUUCUGCUGCUGCUGUCUUACAUACUUUCAUGAAGAUAGAGUGUAAAUUUAAGCACAAAAUGACUUUUUAGUCCUAGUUGUUUCAGUCUUGCACUGUAUUCUCUAACAAAACAAUCCCAGUUUUCUUUAGGUAGCUGUCCCACUUUAGCAAUCUCUACAAUACCCUCUCCUCUUACAGGAUGAAAUAAAGAAUAGAAAAUCACAGAUGGUUUUGGCACACUGGAUUUGGGCAAGAGCCUGGGAGCCCCAGAAUUGUCUAUUUCCUGUUUGCAUGCUGUCAAAACAAGGAUGUUCAGUUCUUUUCCUAAUCCAAGCCUCUAGCUUGCCUGUUGGUAAGGAUCUGAUCAGUACGUUCUCCUAACACUUAGAGCUUGACUUUUCAAAGAAGCCAGUUUUCUGCAGCUUCCAUUGACCACCUGGAGCUGUGUGUGUCCUGCAGUCAAGAAGUCAGCUUCUUAGCUUUGUCCUCUAAAAAAACCAAAACCCUUGAAUGAUAUUCUGGGUGUUCAUUUUACUGGGACAAUAUAGUCCUUAAAACUGAAUGCCUAAGGAAAGUAUGGAAAAUAACAACUGGAGUAAAGGGAAAAAGAAGGUAGUUCCUUAUGCCAGUCAGACCUUUGAGGCUCCUUUAGCUCCCUACUCCAAAUUUGUGGAUCACUGUCUUCUACCUGCCAGUCACUGAUGUAUUCCCACCCCAUAUUUUGCAAGAUUUGAAUGUUGAGUACCCAGGUUCUUAGCAGCGAAAACAAUUACACACACCCUGUAAUAUCAUCCAUUAAGGCUAAAGGUCUUGACUUACAGCCAAGUAAAGCCCUGUAGGGCUGUCUGUUAUGAUCCCCUCUUCUAUCCCUCAGGAAAUGAUAAUACAAAGCUUCAUAAUGUGACUCUCCCCUAGUUUGAAUGGAGAAGUGGUUAAUAACAUUAACGUUGAAAGGAUCAGCAGUGUGACCUGGCAUCCACACAGAAUGGUGAGGCAAUUACAACUCAGGGCUGUAGCAACAGGCCUUUAGCAAGCUGAGCCUGCUAUGUACAUUGUUUAGUCCAUGUUUUUAAGGGGACAAGUAAGAAACAGGCUUCUUGUUACCAGAGAAGACUGAAAGCAAGCUCUUGAUCCACAUUGUAGUUAGGAGAUCUGCUCACCCUGGUAAGAGAUCCCUCUUUCACUCCUUGCAUUUUGAGAAACAGUCUUCUGACUCAAGAGUUUGAGUUGCCCAUACACAGAGGAAACCCAAGCUCUUCUGCAAGUUCUGUGCAGUCAGCUGUAGCAGAGAUGAUAAGCACGAGCCUCUCUGGCUGUCAGCCACUUCUAACAAACUGCUGUGUAAUUGCCCAGAACAGUUGGUAACCACCAAAGUCCAAGGAGACAGCCUGACUUGUUAAUGGUGAAUUGUUGCCUUUAAUCCUAAUCGCUUAGUGGAAGUUGGAUUUGCAUAUUCUGCCUUUAUUCUUCUUGCUUUGUCUAAAACUGACAGAUUCUUUUUCCUCCAAAAUAAUAAAAGGGCAAAAGUCAAUCUUCUGUGGAAACCUUCUGCCUCUGACCUGGAAUCCUGCAUAUGUACUUUUUACAGAUUAAAAAUAAUAUUGUAUAUAAAAAAAUAAACAGAUUGAAUAAAGAAUGUCUUUAAGUGAAAAA